AUGCCAGCCCUUCAAACAUAGAGUUGGGAAAAUUUCUAUCUCAACUUGAUAAUUCCUCCAAAUCCUUUUUUCUUUUUGUUCCUUUAAACAGAGAAGAUAGCAGGAGUCACUAUAGUGGGAGGUCUUAUGGAGGCAGCAGUGGAAGGGAGCAGUAUCAGUAGAAGAUACGUCAGGAAUGCCGGUCUGACCUGUCCCCUAACUUGGCACCAGCUGUGGCCUUAGUGGAGUCCAGGGCAGGAAUCUAGUCGGCCCCAGCUUUGGAAAGCACUGCUGAUUACGUUGGCACUGUGGUGACCUUGUUUGUACUGGCUGGCCCUGCUAACCUAAUCACAGCUCAGGUUGGUCAGUUGAUUGUUUCAAGUGUUCCCAAAAGUCGAGUUCUGGGGGGUUAAUUCAAGGUUCCCUGCUAGCAACACGUGCACGCUCAUUCAGUCAGCUAAGGGUUUUGAACCGGCUGCUUUCUGGAAUACAACAUACUUUGGAGCGAAGACCUUGGGCUCUAGACUUGGACUGCCUUGAAUUUGGGUCCUUGCUCUAUUUAUAACUAUGUAAUCUCUGCCAUCAUCCCUUGAGAGGAUUAAACAAAAGAUGUAACGUGCUUAGAUCAGGACCUGCCACAUAGUGAGUACAAAUAUAUUGGCUGGUUUUGUCUUUGUAGUUAGACCUGGCCCCUUCCCUUCUAGGAAUUUAGGUUCAUGUUGAGAAAACUAAAUAGAAGUGUUAUAGCUUCAAAGAAAGUAAGUAGGGUGCUGUAAUGAAGAGGGGGUGGGUAAAAAGAAAGACUAUCACGGGGAACAUCUGAGGAUGGGGUGUGUUGAGACCUGAAACAAAAGGAGCCAAUCAAAUGGUGAGAUGGGGAAAGUUCCACCUGCGCACCGUGUGCAGAGGUGUGUGGCAUGUCCCGCAGCAUGUUGUCAGACAUGGAGAGGAGUUUGAGUCCAAGUGCUAUGGAGAGUCAGUCACCAACGGCAGGGAAGGGUUUUUAGCAAGGGCCUGAUGUGAUCUGACUUGUGAUCUACUAUUUUCUCAGGCUGAUUUUCUUGAGAGCUGGCAAGGAAGUUAGGAAACCAGUUAAAGUGUCAUCCAGUUGAGAGGCAGUAUCCAGUUGGUGGGUAUGCAAAAAAUGAACAGACGUGAAGGUUACAAAAUCCAUUCUGGUUGGGGAAUAGGAUCUGUAUUGAAAUAAAGACAAGGUAUUUUGAAGGCAGAACAGACUGGAGGUGGGAUUGGAUGUGAGCGACCAAAAAACCAGAGCUUAUUUUUCAGGGGUGCCGUGGAUCAACUCUAAACAGCGCUUGGCCGAGUGUGGGUCAUCAGCCCCACUACCACAAACUGUAAACUCCAUUAGGAUAGGACGCCACCUCUUGGCUCAGUUUGUGGUGCCUAGUGCAGAAUCUGCACUCUAAAGUUGGAUGAACGAUAGGUUUAAACCGGAGGAAAUCAACCGUUGCUUUGUUUUGAAGAGGAAACAUGUCCCCAAGACACACAGUCUAGGCUAGGUACCCAACUGUGGCCUGGCCUUUCUUCACUCUCCCCCUUAUUUGCCUCUGUCCCCUAGUAGAAUGGCUGCCCCUCCAGCGCAUGAGCGUAGCACAAUUACUGGCCCAGAGUAGGUGCUUGGCAGAUCGAUUCCUGCCUCUGCGCUUUACAGUGCUAAGCAAGCAACCACUAGGGGGCAAGCUGGCCCCGACGAAGAGAGCCGGACGCGCGGUUUCACACCGCGGUGGGCGGGGCUUACGUCACGACCGGCUCCCGCGCCUGCCCCAGCGCUACUGGAGAGGGGUAGGGCUUGGUUUCCGCGUGUGGCCGGGAAUUGCCUAGAGUACGCGGAGCUUUGAGCGCUCCGUUGGCCCCACAAAGAGGCGGAAGUAACCGAGAAGCGCCGGAAGUUGCCGGCACCUAUGCGCUCGCGGGAGGCAGGCUGCGCCAGUUGCCAUGGAGCCGGCCGGGCCCUGUAGUUUCUGCCCUGCCGCGGAGGCCCAGCCGGCACGCUACACCUGCCCCCGCUGUAAUGUGCCCUACUGCUCGCUGCGCUGCUACCGGGCACAUGGCGCCUGCGCCGAAGCCUUCUACCGUGACCAAGUGCUGGGAGAGCUCCGCGGCCGCAGCGCCUCGCCCAGCCGCCUGGCCAGCGCCCUCCGCCGGCUGCGUCAGCAACGCGAAACCGAGGACGAGCCCGAGGACGCAGGCCUCAAACCUGGACCGGCACCCGGCGGCCUCUCGGGCCUCUGGGAGCGGCUGGCCCCGGCCGAGAAGAUUGCCUUCGAGCAACUGCUGAGCCGUGGAGAGGCGGGCCGGCUGCUGCCCCCGUGGCGGCCGUGGUGGUGGGAUCGCAGGGCCGGGCCGCGGCUUCUGGAGGAGCUGGAUGAUGACGCCUCGGAGCUGGAGCCUCCUCCUGCGAGGACGCCGCCGGAACCCAUUAAGGAUGCCGCUGCCGCAGGGUACCCGACUGCCGAGGAGACGGUUCUCGGAGACGCCCCCGGGGCCUGCGCGCCCGCCGUGCCCACCCGGAUUCCCACGCUGGCCAGCCUGAACCGUGGCCGUGUCUCGCCGCUCGUGCGCUUCCAGUUGCCCAACGUGCUGUUCGCCUACGCGCACACUCUUGCUCUGUAUCACGGUGGCGACGAUGCGCUGCUCUCGGACUUCUGUGCCACUCUGCUCGGCGUUUCGGGAGCCCUGGGCGCCCAGCAAGUCUUUGCCUCUGCGGAGGAAGCUCUACAGUCCGCAGCGCACGUGCUGGAAGCGGGCGAGCAUCCACCUGGGCCUCUGGGCACACGGGGUGCCAUGCGUGAGGCUGCCCGCAUCCUGCUGGGCGAGGGCCCGGCCAACCAGAAGGGCUACACGCUGGCAGCACUGGGGCACUUGGUGCAGACCCUGGGCCGGGCUCGGAAACAGGCCGAGGCUAUGGAAGAGCGAGAUCGCCUCUACCGGGCCCGCAAGAAAUGUCAGUUCCUGCUGGCUUGGACCAAUGAAAAUGAGGUCACCCUCACAGCCCUGGCUCUGGACUGUGCCAGGGCACACCGAGCCCACGCUGUGGCAGCUGAGGAGGUGGCAGCCCUCACUGGGGAGCUGGAGCAGCUUUGGGGAGGCCCCCUGCCACCUGCUCCGAGGACUCUCAUUGAGGAGCUUCCCGGCUGAUCUGAGGACCCCUUGUCAUCAAUAAAGCUGUGACUGGUCUGCCCUGUCGGCAGUUC